UGGGGCUCGCUUGGAGGGCGGGGAGCGGAGCGGGAAGAUGGAAGGAGCCUCCUUCGGAGCGGGCCGGGCCGGGGGAGCCAUCGACCCCGUGGAUUUCCUGAAGCAGCCGCAGACCAUCCUCCGGGUGACGGCCUGGAUCUUCUCCAUCGUGGUGUUUGGCUCCAUAGUGAACGAGUGCUACGUGAACAAGGACAGCCAGAACCCUGAGCUGCUCUGCAUCUUCAAUGAGAAUGAGAGUGCCUGCAGCUAUGGCAUCGCCGUUGGCAUCAUUGCCUUCUUCGGCUGCAUCUUCUUCUUUGUCGUGGACCUCUACUUCCAGCAGAUCAGCAGCGUGAAGGACCGCAAACGGGCCGUCCUGCUGGACCUUGGCUUUUCAGGUUUCUUGUCUUUCCUCUGGUUUGUAGCCUUCUGCUUCCUAGCAAACCAGUGGCAAUGGACGACGAUGAGCAAAGGGGUUUCACAAGGAGCAGACGCCGCCCAGGCAGCGAUCACCUUCUCUUUCUUCUCCAUCAUUGUCUGGGUCGCGCUGGCGGUGAAGGCACUGCAGAGAUACCGCCUGGGGACGGACAUGUCGCUCUUUGCCACCGAUCAGUUCGCCACCGACCCCAACGCGGCAUACCCCGGCUACCCCACCGGCAGCGGCAUCGAGAGCACAGAGACCUACCAGAGCCCCCCCUUCACCGAGACCUUAGACGCCAACCCGAAAGGUUACCAAGUGCCAGCGUACUGAGGGGCAAGGGCCGCGUACCAAGAGACCGAGUCCUACGGUGCAGUACACUUAACUGGUUGAUUGCAAAUGUAUUCAGUCCCAUUUCCUUAAUGUGGCAAGUCAGUGCUGGGUUCCUUACUAUUAGCUAGUUGUGCAGUGAAUUCUGUACAGUGGUAUUGGUUCUUGUCUUACCUGUCCAAGGGUUUUAUAAAAGCAGUGUUCCCUCUAAGUCAGAAGGAAGGAAGGUUGCUACCACAUCAC